AUGGACGCCAAGCUGACAAUCGAAGGCGUCCAUGCCCUGUCUGCUGGGACGUCGACGUUGGGCACCCUGAAGCUCACCAACUUCCACAUCAUCUUUUCUGCCCCAGUGCCGUCGUCAAAACCACCAUCAGCGCAUUCGCAAGACCAGCCACAGAAGCACCACUCACCCCCAGUACGACACAGAGAGUCGUGGAUUACGUACCCUAUCAUUUCCCACUGUACCUUCCGACCAACUCCUCCGUCCAGCGGUCAGCAAUCGUCUAUCCGUCUUCGUUGUCGCGACUUCAACUAUGUAUGCUUCAACAUCCCUAACGACAAGCAGGGACGCGAGGCUUUUGACUUCAUCCGUAACAGGACUUGCCGCCUGGGAUGCAUCGAGAAGCUGUACGCCUUCUCAUACGGCCCUCCUCGGCUGGAAAAGGACGUUCAUGGCUGGGAUAUAUACGAUGCCAGGGCCGAGUUUCGGCGGCAAGGUAUAAGCGAAAAGCUUCCGGACAGAGGCUGGCGAAUCUCGUCUAUCAACCUCGACUAUUCUUUCUCACCAACGUACCCAGACGUGCUUGUGGUUCCAUCCAAGAUUUCUGACAACGUGCUCAAAUAUGCCGGACAAUUUCGCUCGCGCGCCCGCAUCCCAGCACUGACAUACUAUCACCCAAUAACACAAUGUACUAUCACACGAAGCUCACAGCCGCUCGUCGGGGUCCGGAACAACCGGAGCAUCCAGGACGAGCGCCUGGUCAGUGCAUGCUUCUCCAAAUCGACGGAAGUCUUUGGCGGCAGUACUGGCAGCGGAAACGCAACACCAUCUCCUUCUACUGGCGACGAUGGUAGCGUGCCCAAUGAAGGCAGUACAGCUGGCGUGGCCGCAUGUGACGGACCUGGUUCUGAUGCUACUUCAGAUACAGAGCGCUUCGACGACGAUCUGGCUGCAGCUGACGUCGCUUUUGAUGACAAGACUGGCAGUCGGAUUGUUGGUGCGCGACGUGACAACUUGAUUGUGGACGCACGUCCUGCCAUCAACUCCUACGCGAUGCAGAUGGUCGGCAAGGGUUCUGAAAAUAUGGAAUAUUAUAAGUGCGCUACCAAAAUGUUUCUGAGUAUCGAUAACAUCCAUGUUAUGAGGGAUUCCCUCAACAAGGUGAUCGAGGCUGUGCGGGAUGCCGACGUAUCGCCGCUCCCUCCGAACCGUGAUCUUCUUGCUAAGAGUGGAUGGCUGAAGCAUAUCCGAGGCAUCCUUGCCGGCUCUGAGAUUAUCGCGAAGCAAGUGGGCGUCAGCGCAGCACAUGUGUUGAUCCACUGCUCUGACGGAUGGGACCGCACUAGCCAACUGAGCGGCCUGUCUCAAAUCAUGCUGGAUCCGUAUUUUCGAACGAUCGAAGGAUUUAUCGUUCUUGUGGAGAAGGACUGGCUCUCGUUCGGCCACAUGUUUCAGCAGAGAUCCGGACACCUCAACCACGAGAAGUGGUUCACAGUCCAGAACGAUGCGAUGGCAGGCACCAAGAUUGAGCCUGGCGAAGGCGAAGGACGGAACGAGGUUUUCGACAACGCCGUGGCCAGCGCCAGGCGCUUUUUCAAAAAGAGCCUCAGCCAGGACAAGGAGGAAUCGGAUGCGGACAGUCUUACGACAGCCGACGAGAGCAGUGUAAGCAAGACAGCGUCGGCCGAGGAAAGCCAGACCACGCGGCCCAAGGAAAUCAGCCCAGUCUUCCACCAAUUUCUCGACGCCACAUACCAGCUUUUGAGGCAGCAUCCUGCUCGCUUCGAGUACAAUGAGCGCUUUCUCCGGCGGCUUCUCUACCACCUCUACUCAUGCCAAUACGGGACCUUCCUGUACAACAAUGAGCGUCAGAGACGCGACGCACACGUGCGGGAGAAAACAUCAUCAGUAUGGGACUAUUUCCUCUCACGUCGGCAGGAUUUCGUCAACCCAGAGUACAAACCGGAUAUCGAUGGUUCCGACAGACAGGAGGAGCGACUUCUGUUCCCUCGACUGAAAGAUAUCCGAUGGUGGCACCAGGUGUUCAACCGCACAGACGAGGACAUGAACGCGGCACUCAAUGCAGCAGCAGCUGCCGAAGAAAAGUGCGCUGCCUACCACUCCACCGUGGCUGCCGGGUUGGCAUCUGUUGUUAUGACGCAGCAUGGAGACGAGGCAGGGACAUUGGGCACAGCGGACGGCGCAUCCGACUCUCCUCGCCGGGGUGCCAGUCCAAUGCCACCCCCGUCGCUACAGAGUUCGCAGUCAGCAGCAGGCGAGCUGGAGACGCCACCGACAGCCGCCACGGCUCGCUCCAUGCUUGCCAACCCACCGGAUGAGGUGCCGGCCAGUCUCAACCGCAGUGCAUCUGCCCACGAAGCCGGCACAUUCACAGUCCUGCGGGACGGCAUUGCCGGCCUUGGCCUGGGGCAGAAGGUUGGAGGUGUUUUCGGCAGCCUGGGAGUUGCCGGCGCCUUGAAGGCAGCAUCGGGUCCUCCACAGCACGACGGUGCAGGUGGCGAGCAGCGGCGGAGCGAGUCUUUCAGAGCCGGCAGCAGUGACAGCAGCGAACAAGAGAUGAAGGACAUGUCUUAG